GGGUUCCUCAUUUAUUAGCCAAGUAUUGAAUGCUAUUUUUAAAACAUAACCUCACUUCUCAGGAACCUGACUUCUCUACAGACCUCACCAAAAUGUAAGUCAGGAUAACGUCAAUAUGACAACUGAAUAAAAGAUUUAAGACAAGGAUAAUAUGAUUUCCUAUGCUAAUCAUUCAUUUAAGGCUUGUCACUUUUUUGGCUUCACUUCUUGGUUUAUUUUCUUUACUGUAAUAUCAUGUUUCUUACGCAAUAUGUCUAUAGAGAUCUGAGCUACAUUUAUCUCUACAGUGAGAUUAUAUGGUAAACAUUUUUUAUCUGUCAUCUCCAGACUUCUCUAAACCUGAAACAAACUAAAAUGGCUAGAGCUCUGACUUUCCUUCUCAUUGGCUGUCUGCUGAAAGGAACCUGACUUCUCUACAGACCUCACCAAAAUACUCCUUUAAACUUGAAACAAACUAAAAUGGCUAGAGCUCUGACUUUCCUUCUCAUUGGCUGUCUGCUGAAAGGUGCCCUGUGUGGACGGUUUCAGGUCUUUAUGCCGCACACUAUAGAGGUUCUGAGUGGAUCCUGUGUGACCAUCCCCUGCUCCUUUGACAUACAGAGCAAAUAUAAAAAUGACUUAGAUGACACAUGUACAGCAAUAUGGAGAAACAAAGAUAAUCAUGACUUUACCAACAUUAAUCCAAAACUAGGACACUUAACAAAUAAAAGCUGCACCACAGUCUUCAAUAAUAUGCGUCCUGAUUAUACCAAUGACUAUUACUUCAGACUGGAGUGUCAGAAUGAACUGAAAUGGAGUUUUAAAAACACUUUUGUGAAAAUUGUGGUCAAAGCUGAUCCUCCCUCACCGACUCUGACUCCAUCCAAACUGAGGGUGAAGGAGGGAACCUCAGUGAGUUUGAAGUGCUCUGCUCCAGCUCUCUGUCUGUCUCAUCCUCCAACUCUGACAUGGACCCCCGGCCUGGGUGACAGUCAGGAUACACUGCAAGAGACAUGGGACAAAACUAAAGUCAAGACUUCUGUUCUGAACUUCACUGCUUCUUACCUCCAUCAUAGAAAGACCAUCUCUUGUACUGCCACCUACAACAGACAAGAUGGCAGCACUGUGUCAUCUGUUAGCAGAAGUUUAACAGCUGCUAUUUCAUUUCCCCCACAGAUUCUGCAUUCAUCUGACUGCACCAAAACUACAAGCCAGAUCAACUGUUCUUGUGAGACUGUGGGAAACCCUUCUCCCAUUUUACACUGGUAUUUGAAUGGGCUACCUGUCAAUCACUCUGACAGGUUUACAAUCAGCAGUGAGUCGCUAAAUGUCACAGUUCUGAGGACCAUCAUUACUGUGAAUCAGUCACAAUGGAGGGAUCUUUCCACCUUGGUUUGCCACAGCUCCAACUCUCUUGGAACUGCCAGCCAACGUUUUUGCACCACCAGACCUGAACAACAAACCUCUGCAGGAAGUCAUGGCCAAGUGACGUUGCCAGUCUUCAACGCCACAGUUGUUGCUCUACUAGUGCUAGUAUGCAUACUGCUAUUUGUUAUCAGGGUUCAGAGGACUCACUAUAACCUUCUUAAGAGUCAGCUCACAGGUGACACCAGCACAGGUGCAAUGAGCCAAGUUCUAACAAGAAGGGAGGGAAAUGAGGCACCUAACGAAACAGAAGCCGACAUUUAUUCAUGCACCAACGUGCCAAGCUCUGGCCCAAACAAUGCAGAAAAAGCCAGAACAAGCACAGAGAAGAAUGAGGAAGGGAGUGAUGUGAUUUAUUCCAGUGUGAAGUGGAAGAACAAGAACAAGAAGAAGAAGCAAGACCCUGUGGACAUGGAUCCACCUGGUAGCUCCUAUCUGGAGGAGGAGAGGUGCAUAGUGGGAGGCAUGAGCAGAGGUUUUGUGAGCAAUGCACUGGAGAUGGGGAACAUAUUUGACAAAGGGGAGCCUAGAAGGGUGAAAAGGGAAGUUGAAAGUGAAUAUGCUCAGGUUAAGUUUAAACCCAAGAGUGCUGUACACAAAUAGUUAACUAUUUUGUUGGUGGUUGUUGUUUUUAGUCAAACUAAGACUAGUACAUUUGAUCAAAGAAUUAUGUACCUUUAUUUUUCAAGCCAGGGUUUUUUUUAAAAUCUUAAAGCCUUGACUUUUUCAAACCACGGUAUACCUUGAAACCAUUAACCGGCCCAUGCCUAGUUGUAAGUACAUAAUAAUUUUUUUAUCAAUUAACGUUUUCAUUAUUUCUGCUUUGUUAAUGGAAAAUAACAUACAAAAUGGUGUAAAUCAUAUUCACAUUUUUUUCCUUGUAUGGUGGUGGUCAUAUGUGAAUUAAGAGAGGCCUGUUUUCCCAUUUAUUUAGCAGUAUGUAACAAUCUAUUUUGUUUAAUAGGUUAU